GGGUACGAGGACCAUGACGUCCCAUUGACAGUCCAGAGAAGAAUUUCAGGAGAGUACUUGAUUGGAAACUCGGGGGAGCGUGAGCCUUGUAAAAUAGUUAGGGGAGGCAAAGGACGGAUAGAAAGGUCUAUAGGGCUGUGGUGAAGAAGGGAGAUGGUCAGAGAAAGAAAAGCAGUGGAAAGGCAAAAGUAACCCUCACUUGGCUCCUUUCACGCCAAUUAGAGCGAUCACGGGCUGCACCACCAGGAAUCCAAACCCGUGAUAGUCAUGGGACUAAAGACCAGAAAAGAACUAGAUUAAGAAAGGGAGGACGGAUUACCACACACCGCCAGUUAACCAACGGAGUGCACAUCUGCAAGAAAGGUUCCCUAGAGUCUGAUCCCACAAGAUGCCAGCCGGAAAUUCCUACUUCUCAGAUGGCUACCUCAAGAGAAAGAAGGGAUAUUCCUAUAUUACGCCCGAAGAGGCUGCGGGACUUGGCAUCCUGGUGGUCAUUCUGGGGCUUCUCCUCUUGAUCGGCUGCUGGUAUUACAGAAGGCGCAACGGCUACAAGAUCCUGAAGUACAAAAGCCUUCAAGCUGGCACCGGGAGUGCUCUGAUGGGAAGAUAUCACAGUGAGGAAGGUGCUCCCUUGGACUGCAAAAUGCCCUUUCCAGAAAAUGGCAGCCAUAGCUCCGUGGUGCCUGACGCACCGCCGGCCUAUGAGAAGGUCAUCUCUGAGCGAGCUCCACCAGCCUAUUCGCCUUGAAGCCCAGCGGAGGUUAAUUUCAUAUUCUCGCUUUUGCUAAGGUUUAGACCGUCGGUCGAGCCGUCUCUGAACCUGAAAGACGGCCGUGUGUCGAAAGCUAACGUUCCGCCUCUGUAGCCUGCACUAGUCAAGUACAGUAUGCUUAGUGACGCAGUAUGGAGUGCCAUAUUUGCUCCUGAUUUUCUACAGGCUCUCUGUUGUCAAGAAUAUCAUCCGUGCCAAUAAACGGUUGAUGAUAAC